AUGGCCAAUGCAGGACUACAGCUCCUUGGCUUCACACUGGCCUUCCUGGGCUUCAUCGGAUCCAUAGCAUGCACGGUCAUGGUGGAGUGGAAAGCUUCGUCCUAUGCAGGAGACAACAUCAUCACAGCUCAGGCCAUGUACGAGGGACUGUGGAAGUCCUGUGUUACACAGAGCACGGGUCAGAUUCAGUGCAAAGUCUAUGACUCACUUCUGCAGCUACCAGGGAUUGUUCAGGGCACUCGAGGGCUGAUGUUGUCCGCCAUAUUGUUUAGCUUUAUUGCAAUGCUGGUGGCAGUGGUGGGCAUGAGGUGCACCACAUGCAUGGGGCAACAGCCGGAGCAGAAGGACAAGAUGGCGCUGGCUGGAGGGAUCAUCUUCAUCCUUGCUGGUCUGCUUGCUCUGGUUGGAACAUCCUGGUAUGGCCACAGAAUAGCACAGGACUUCUACAACCCAUUUACUCCCACUAAUUCAAAGUAUGAAUUUGGAAGUGCUCUGUUUGUGGGAUGGGGCGCUGCAUGUCUCAUCAUUAUAGGAGGGGGCUUCCUCUGCUGCAACUGCCCCACCAAAGGCUCCGGGAAAUCUCCACGCUACCCACCCACCCGCUCUGCCGGAACGACAGGCAAGGAUUAUGUGUAGGGGGGGGGGCAUCUCUCCUUUCAGCCUCAGCUCAUGGAGGAGUGAUAUUCAGCAUAUAGUGUGUUUGCAGCUGUUGUAAGUGGUGUUUGUUUAUAGCUGUUGGGGAAAUAAAGGUUUUUGUUCGUCCACACAUAGUAAAACAGAUGCUUAUUAUAAAAGAAGUGUUCUGACACCUUCACAUAUGAA